UGGAGCAGGAAGACAUCAGAGCUUGAAUGGUACCUCAGCAACGACUAACCUACGGGAGAUCCAAAUGAUGUUGGAGCAGGAAGAGAACCUCAAGCUCAAACCUAAGAAUGGAGUAACAGAGGGAAGAGAUUUAUAACUUCAUACAGCAUGUUUGGAUUAUUUACUGUUCUGCUGAAUUAUUAUUUUUUGUUUUGCAUCGUUGUUUCUGCUCUGACUUUCUUCAGAAGUGUUCAGGUUUGUGAACCCUGCAAGCUCAUGUCACUCUCUCAAAACUAGCCUGUACUGACUGAAAUGUCUUUCUGAAAAUAAAUUCAUCAGACCUUCUCUUUGUGGAUUCGACAUGCAAUCUUUAAUAAAUCAUAAUACUAAAACUUGUCUCUUGAAGACUUGGCGUUUUUAAAUGAAUGUAUUGAGUGAAUGAAACAAUGACUUACUCAUAAUAUCUAAAAAGGCUCUCACUGGCGCCACCUACUGGUGUAAUGAUGUAACUUACGGAAAGGGUCACUGAAUGAAUCUGAACGAGUCAUUUUGGUGAAAAGAAUCAAAAGAUUCGGAGGGUUACGAUUGUGGGGGUUUGUUGCUGAAUUAUUUUCUAUUUUACAUCGUCGUGUAUCGCUGUAGUUUAGGACUGUGGGGGUUUGUUGCUGGUUGAAGUUCUGGUUGCUUUUGACUGCAGGUUCAGCAGCAGGUUCGUGUUCGGCAGAUGUUUGUUUUCGGCAGAUGUUUGUUUUGUCUCCUUUGCUCUGAAGUUUGAAGAAACCACAAAGAGAAGGGAAAUAGGACAUUACUCCAUCGUUACCUGAAGAACAGUGCUGAUGAUGUUGUCAUGCCUAAGCCAUGUGCUGCUCUUGCUCACCUUCGCAUCCAUCACAGUACCUGUAUCAGCUGUCCCUACUGUACAGGUGAAGUUUAAUCAGGCUGCUGCUCUGCCCUGUGAAUGGAAAUGUUCUCGUGAGGCCAAAUGGACUCUGUUCAGUGACCGAGAUGAUGCAGUGGCUCGGUGUAAUCAGACAUCCUGCUGGUCACUAAAGGAGGGAUUUAAAAUGUCCCAUGAUCAGUACCUGAAGGGAGAUCUCACCCUCACCAUCACUGCAGCUGAUUACAGUAAGAGGAACACGUACACGUGUGAGUGUGAUGGCACAGACAUUAAUGAUCUGCAUCUCAGCAUCGAGACAAUGACAUCGUCAAUUCAGUUAAACCCUGGUGAAGAUCUGCAGCUGGAUUUGCACGUAUCAGAGCGAGUGAAGGUGAUCUAUAAGGGUGGAGAUUCAGCAGAUCCACAUGGUGAACAGAUCUGCACUGUGGAUAGAAGCUCACUAAACUGUACAGCUGAAUACACACCAACAACAUCACUCAAUGACACAGUUCUUACACUGAGAGGAGUAAAUUCGACUGAUCGGGGAAAUUACACCAUCCGUGACAUGGAGAAUAACGUCGAUCUUCAUACCUACACUGUAUUAGUUAGAGAUCUGAACACACAGCAGGAGAGAGCGCUACCAUGGUGGGCGAUUAUCCUGAUAGUGUUUGGGCUGCUGCUUGGUGUUGUGCUGCUUGUGAAAAUCCUGUGCCAGAGGAAUUGAGUUCAGUUCUGCCAAAGAGAUGAAGUAAGUACCAGCGACGUGCAGCUCCGUGACAUCAGAGAUCACAUGACUGUGUGCUGUAACCAGAAUAAAAUCCACAGCACAUCACCCUGAUUAGACGCCACUCAGUCACUGCAUGCACACUUCCACAAAAUAAAUAGAAUUAUC